CAAAUGCCGCACGUUUUGCGGUAGACACUGCGCGGAAAAUAUCAAGCUCGACUUGGCCGGUGUCACGGGGCGACGUUUUUGUCAUCUCCGUCUUUCUCUGUCUCUACAUACGAGGUUAUUAAAUAACGAGACUACUCGCCUAGAGGGCGCCCUAGAUGGGUAGUGAAAGAAACGAGUAAUGCGUUGGGUAUCUAGAUAUCUUAUCUAUGCACGUACUAAAAUACGUUUUCAUCGCUAUUAUCAUAUUCUCUAUCUCGUGCACGUGUUUUUGAGUGGUAUAAGCGCUUCAGUGAGGGCUGAGAGAGCACUGAAGAUGACUAGCGUCCAGGUCGCCCUGUCAUUGUUUCAACUCCGGAAACAGUGACCAAAAUCAACCAACUUGUGCGUGCAGAUCGUUGAAUGAACAUCCGGAUGAUUUCCGAGGCUGUAAACGCCGAUAAAGCAACGGUUAGAAAAAUUUUACAUGAGAAAUUACAUAUGACAAAAGUCUGUGCGAAGUUGGUGCCAAAAAACCUGACUCCUGACCAAAAGUUCUUGCGUCAACAAGUCUGCUCAGAUUUUCUUGAAAAGUUAAAAGAAGAUCCCGGACUGAUGAAAAACAUUAUAACAUGGGACGAAACAUGGAUUUUUCAAUACGAUGUUGAAACAAAGCGACAAUCGAUGCAUUGGAAGACACCUGAAUCGCCCAAAAUCAAAAAAAGCAAGGAUGUCCAAAUCAAAAUUUAA